AUGCCAUUUUUUAGAUACUACGCCUUCAAUCUCAUCAUGCCAUGUGUUCUGACCAUGAUUUUGGUCGUUCUGGGCUUCACAUUAAACCCAUUCUCCUGCGAGAAGAUUGGCCUUCAGAUCUCGGUCUCGCUGGCCAUUUGUAUCUUCAUGACUAUAAUGGCCGAAAUGACCCCGCAAACGUCAGAGGCAGUCCCUUUGCUGGGGAUUUUCUUCCAAAGCUGCAUGGUUAUCAGCGUAUUGGCCACGGCUUUUACCGUCUACGUUCAGAGCGUUCAUUUCCGAAGCUAUGGCGGCGGUCAUCGGAUGGGAUUUUGGGUGGGUUACGGUAGCAAAUUUUGAAACUACAGUACCAAAAAUUACAGUAAUAUUUUCUAAAUUUAGAUGCGUUAUAUCCUGCUAGAACUUAUGCCGUGGCUCUUGCGGAUCCAGCGGCCCAAACAGAAGGUCAAUCUUGACACCCUGAAGGCCAGUUUCCGGAAGCGGAAAGAAGAAGCAUUGCUAUCUGACGAAGAGAAAGUAGGAUUAAAGAUCUCUUGCUCUUUGCACUAACGAACUUUCAGGAUGAUCCGGAAGAGUUUAGCAAACAGAUUGAUCACUACGCCUACAUGGUCAAAGGAACGGAUUCGUAUUUGGCCGGGAAGUUGUAUACGUUGAAUAAGAUCUACAACCAUAUAAGGGUAAGUUGACGUGAUAAGACUUGGGACAAAUUUAAGUGAUUGUUUUGAGACAUAUGCGAGAUUUAUAUUUAGCUUUCUCUUUGCAGAAGUCAUCGCGAUUUUAAAGUUAAAACUUGAUAAGAUUGUGACACUUUUUUUAGAAUUUGUCCUUGAAAGAUAUCAUGUCUAUUUCUACCGUAAAGAGUAAUGUUUCCACGAAAAAUCAAUUUUUUUCCGUCCAAAACUGGCCCAGAUAUGGCCAAAAAAGUCCUUUGCUCCCUGACCGCUCUCCGCGUCUUGCUUACUCCCUCGUCCGCAAAGAGAAAUACGGUUUUUGAGGUUUAAAACGUCGGUGUAUUUUGGUUCUGUCAUAUGCUAUAACAGUGCUAUAUUUUCCCCUCGAAUCUUUCAGACAAUCCGCAUGAAAAACGACGACGCCGCCGAGGAGAACGAAAUCCGCUCCGAGUGGCAGUUCGGCGCUGUGAUCGUGGACCGGCUCUGUCUGAUCGUGUUCACACUACUCAUCGUCAUUACGGGUACCACCAUCGCCGUUCAAGCCCCAUAUUUGGUCGCCUGA